AUGCCUUCAGUACCUACACCCUCCAAAGCCGGCAUAAUCGAAACUACAUCCGGCGAGCGUCAUAUCCCAUCCUCCACACGACCCGACGGAUCCCAACGCAAGGAAAUAAAAAUCAAGCCGGGUUACAAGCCCCCAGAGGAUGUCGAAGUCUAUAAGAACCGUAUAGCAGAUGGGUGGAAGAAGCGGGGCACCGGUGGAGUCCCUGGCGCUGAAGGAUUGAAGGAAAAUACAGACGAUGGAUCUGCUGCAAGUAAUAAGAAUGCAAAGAGGAGAGAAGCAAGGAAGAAAGCCAAGGCUGCGGAAGAAGGAGGCGACGGGAAGCUAGCUACCAAUGGAUCUGCGAAAGAGCCUGCGAAGGAAGAGGAGGUAGCGGAUCCGGAGGUGGAGAAGGAGAAAAAGGCGAGGAAUCUCAAGAAGAAGCUGAAGCAGGCCAGGGACUUGAAAGAGAAGAAAGAGGGGGGAGGUGCGCUAUUGCCUGAGCAGUUUGCCAAAGUCAUCAAGAUCAACGAAUUGAUUCGGGGACUGGAUGCAUUGGGCUUUGAUGCGGAAGGAGAACCGAAGUCUAAAGGAGAGUAG